UCAGCUCGUGCAGCUCCUCCCACCUGCAGAUAAAAGCCAAACUCUCGCCAGAGCUGCUGUUCAGCGUCUGUCCCAUACUCCUCAAAGCUUUGUGAUACUUCCACCCUGCAGCAGCAGCAGCAGCAGCAGCAGCAGCAGCAGCACACACACACAAAAAGGGCCCAGCUGGAUUGCAGCAAACACCUGGCUGGAUCCUGUGCAUGGCCACCGUCCCACUCAUGUCUUGGAAAAGACACAGAAAAGUGACCUAAAGUGAGGGGAAGUAGAAGAGAAAACAGAGACACCGGCCAGAGGAAGCGACACCCUUCAGUUUGAGAGGAGAAAAAAUCUCAAAAAAAUGGCAACUGUAGCCCUCCACUCUUUCUAUCUACUCAUCACAAUUUUCCGGCUGUGUUUAUUACACUUGGCCCACGGUGGGGCAUAUUAUGGACAUAAACAGCCACCUCAACACCACCAGCCCCUGCCACAGUACAAUGAUGGGUAUCCUCAGCAGCAGUUUUUGGGGAACGAGAUGCCAUUACUUCCUCAGUAUGGAAAAGAGCUUCCUCAGCUGCCUCUCCAAAUAGGCAAAGAGAGGCCACUGACUGAAGGCAAAGGACAAACAUUUCCCAGAGGGGCUAAAGGUCCACCUCCCCCUGGUCCUGGUGGAGAAGGUCUCAGAGAGGGACCACAAGGAGUUCAGGGCCCCCCGGGACCAUCAGGACCACCAGGACCACAAGGCCCCCCUGGACUACCAGGCCAGGGAUUGCCAGGGCUACCAGGAAAACCAGGGCCUCCUGGUCCUCAAGGCUACCCAGGAAUUGGAAAACCUGGCAUGCCAGGAGUGCCAGGAAAACCUGGAGGACCUGGAUUACCAGGACCAAAAGGUGACUUUGGGCCUAAUGGUGGAGAAGGACCAACUGGACUUCCUGGGCCUCCAGGGCUCCCAGGUCCCCCUGGACUCCCGGGAUUUUCAAAACCAGGAGGUCAGGGGCUGCCCGGCCAGUUGGGUCCUCUAGGGGAGCCUGGCCAAAAAGGCCCACCUGGGUUACCUGGUCCUCCAGGCCCCAAGGGAGACAAAGGACAUGGUCAACCUGGUUUGCCAGGUUUGAAAGGACCAAGUGGACCACCAGGUACACCUGGCAAUGUGGGUAUCCCUGGGGUUGGCAAACCUGGCUUGAAUGGUCUCCCUGGACAACCAGGAAUACCAGGAAAACUUGGUCCUCCCGGUGAUUCAGGACCAGCUGGGCCACCUGGUGAAAGAGGCCAACCAGGACCACCAGGCUUGCCUGGAAUUGGAAAACCAGGAAAAGAUGGUUUCAGAGGGCAACCAGGGAUCCCUGGGGUGAAAGGGGAAUCAGGCCUUCCUGGUUUACCAGGGGGUCCAGGCUUGCCAGGUUAUGGUAAACCAGGGUUCCCAGGACCUAUGGGUCAUAAAGGACAUGCUGGUCUUCCUGGACCACCAGGCCUAAAAGGGGAUAAAGGUCAUGGAGGUCUUCCAGGGGUCAUUGGUUCCACUGGUCCUAGUGGUAUGCCUGGUCCACCAGGACCAAUAGGGCUCCCUGGUAGUAUUGGCUUCCCAGGGCAAAAGGGAGAGGAUGGUGUUGGGGGACCAAAAGGAAAUCCAGGAAUGAAGGGUGACUUGGGGCCCCCGGGUCUUCCAGGAGAGCCAGGUUUGUCAGGUGGGGGUGGACAACCAGGACCAAGAGGUUUACAAGGCCCCAUUGGCCCUAAAGGUGAACCUGGUAUUAGGGGUUCACCUGGUUCCCCUGGUGCUGUGGGAUUAACUGGACCAAGAGGAGAGGGGGGACAACCUGGAGACAGAGGCUACCAGGGACCACAAGGUAUCCCAGGACUUACAGGACCAGGGGGACCACUUGGACCUCCUGGGCUGCCAGGGCAAAAAGGCGAAACAGGCCAACCUGGUAAACCUGGCUAUCCUGGUGAGGGAAAGCUAGGACCAGCUGGUCAAAUUGGUCCUCAAGGUAACCCUGGGCCAAUUGGCCCUGCUGGACUUCCAGGGCAACCAGGACAACCUGGACCCCCUGGUCCUCCAGGACUCCCAGCUGUAUCUCCUGACCUUGGCCAGAUCCUCCCUGUGACCGGCCCGUACACUGGCCAAAAACAAGGUUAUAAGAAGCCAAAGAAUGGAGGCGACAUUGGUGGAAAUGGCGUGGAGAUGCCUGCCUUCACAGCUAAGCUUGCAAAUCCAUUCCCUCCUGUUGGCUCUCCUGUCAUCUUUGACAAACUCCUGCACAAUGGCAAUCAGGACUACAAUCCCCAAAAUGGUGUUUUCACCUGUAGCAUACCAGGGGUCUACUACUUUGCUUACCACAUCCACUGCAAAGGGGGUAAUGUGUGGGUGGCCCUGAUGAAGAACAAUGAGCCAGUAAUGUACACAUAUGAUGAAUACACAAAGGGCUUACUGGAUCAGGCAUCAGGGAGUGCUGUACUCCCAUUACGACAAGGAGAAACUGUGCAUAUACAGCUGCCAUCUGACCAGGCUGCAGGACUUUAUGCUGGUCAAUAUGUCCACUCCACAUUUUCUGGAUACUUAUUGUACCCAAUGUAAGAAGUGUAUAAACAAAGGCAAUAGUAAUGACACAUUGAUGGUAUUUUUGUUUACCAUAUUUAUGGUAAAACUACGGCAGUCUCAAAGGUACAUUGUUGGUCAAGUUAAAUGGUUUACAAUGAGUGGAAUUGAAUAAUCUUUUUUUAUAUAUAUAGUAGCAACAUACUUCAUUGAAUUAUUCUUUGCAUUACAUGCAUCACAUACAUCAAUGGAGUCUCCGAAAGUUAUGCAGUUAUGAAAUAAUGGGCAGAGUAUAUACAUUGUAUAAACAUACCUGGCCAUUGGCUAUGAUAUGGAAAAAGCAAGGUUUCAUGUGAGAGUUAUGUAGAGGGGAGGUCAUAAUUCUUGUAUGUUUACAUUGUGCAUUUAUUCCUAUAUCCAUCCCCACACAAUAUAUCAGUAUUCAUGUAAUAGCUGGAAUAAUUCCUAAAACAAUGAGGCUUUAUGUUUUUUCAUUGUAUUCACUUUCAAUUGUAUUCACUUUUCACUUGCUUUAAUUCAGUUCAAUUUUGCUUUAAUUCAAUUUUAUAUUUUCUUUACAGCUAUGUACUGUAUACUGGGCACAUAAAAUAUUGGUUUCAUUGUACAAUGCAUUUACUCACAGCUCAGUACAUAAUGCUGGGUUAUGUAUUAUGGGUCAUCAUACAGUUAAGUUAUUGUAUGACUUUUUACAUUAUUUUGUAAAAGCACCUUUUAAUACAACAGAAGCUUAAUUCAUUCUUACAUUAUCAUCUGACAGUAAAAUAAGUAUUUGGGUGAGUUUUAAAUCCAAUUUCAUAUCAUAUCUCAGUCCACAAUGAAACAGAUUUGUCCACAAUUUAGCAGUUGAACAAGUUUGGGAUUCUUUGCCUUUGACCAUUUGAUGUUAUGAUUUGUUUUUGUAAUAGACAUGAAUUAUUUAAAAGGUUUUUGUCAGUUUGUCAGUAUUCUCUGUAAUUUAUUUGUUUGACUACUGAUUAUUUGCUAUUGUGUCUGUGUGUUGACAGUAAAUGGCCAAACUUAUUCCAAAAUGCAGAACUUACAUGUUCUGUGGCCAAAAACAUAAAAAAAAUCGAAAAUAUGUUCAUACCCUUUCAUACCACCAUGUGUCAGUUUCUCUUCAAUUUGUACUUUAUUUCUUUAAACUGUGGAUGUGCCAUUUUGGAAUGAUAUUCUUUUCUUUCUUUUCUUUGGACUGUGCACAGCAUUACAUUGGAAACUGUGCCUAAAGUAUGUGAAUGUUGUUGCUUUAAUUGGUUACAUAUUGGUUUAAUAAAGAAAAAACAUUUUACUUGA